CCAAUUCUUCACAAGAAAAUGGCUGCUGUGGAAUCUGGACACCCGGAGGCACAGCAAGAACCAUCCGAGGCUCACCAGAUCGUGGUCGACAACAACGGCGCCGAAAACAUCCCCAAAGAUGAGCCAAGAGUGCCCUCGUCCGAGCAACCUCGCCACGACGUGGUGGAGAGCCGAUGGGCAAACCUCUCCAUUUGCCGGAUCCCGCACCAUCUCAAGGAUGGCGACAAGAAGGCCUAUGUCCCGCAGAUCGUCUCCCUCGGGCCAUACCACCACGGUGAGGAGCACCUCCGUCCUAUGGAGGAGCACAAGUUGCGCUGCUUGCACCAGAUCCUCGCGCGCUCCCAUCACGAGAUAGGCCUCUAUCUAGACUCGGUGAAGGAGGUCGAGCAGAGAGCUCGCGCCUGCUACGAGGGGACUAUAUCUAUGAGCAGCGACGAGUUCGUGCAGAUGAUGGUUCUCGACGGAUGCUUUGUGAUCGAGCUGCUCCGAGGAUAUGAACAGGGGUUCGAGAAACUGGGCUACCCUUGCAAUGACCCCAUCUUCUCAACGUGGGGAUCGAUGCUCAAGACCCGGAUCAUGCGCGACAUGAUUUUGCUCGAGAAUCAGAUCCCGUUCUUCAUACUCGACCGCCUGCUCGGCCUCCAGCUCGGCCUUGCGGACCUGGAGUUGCGCGUGCACGGGAUGGUGCUCAACUUCUUCCAUUCCGAGAUUGGCGGAAGGUUGGAGUUGGACCCGUCACCCAACCAGCUCCACUGCCUCAAAGUGCUCUGGUGGAGCCUCCUGCCCCGGGACCUGGAGCAAAAGAAGACCCAGGAGUGGGCGCAUAACCGGGAACAGCUCAUUCCCUGCCUGACCGUGCUCCGGGAAUCCGGGAUCAAGUUGAGGAGGGGAUAUGGGAGCGUUUUGGGGGACAUACGGUUCAUGUACAAGGACGGGAUCCUCGAGAUUCCCAAGCUUAUGAUCCACGACGGGACGAGGUCGCUCUUUCUCAACUUGAUAGCCUUCGAGCAGUCUCAAUUCGAUUGCGGGAACCACAUUACCUCGUACGUAAUCUUUAUGCACAGAUUGAUGAACUCCCCCGAAGACGUCCGGUACCUCUACAAGCAUGAGAUCAUCGAGCACUGCCUUGGGAGCGACGCCGAGGUCGCUGACCUCUUCAACCGGCUUUGCCGGGAGCUGGCCUUCAACAUCUGUGACAGCUAUCUGGAUGCACUGUCUUCUGAUCUGGCGGAUUACUACUUCGGAUCCAUUCCCAAUUUCCCUAAUAGUUGCGUUGCGGUCAUUAAAGUGAUUUACCUGGUCUGUGUUAGGUCUCUCGGUGCUCGUUCUCUCGCCCGCAAGUGGAGAGGGUGGAGAGCCAUUCUCAAGAACAAGUACUUCGACAACCCCUGGUCAAUCAUUUCCAUAAUUGCUGCUUUCGUUUUGCUUGUGCUUACUUCCGCACAGACCUUCUAUGCAGUCUAUGGCUACUACUGGCCUCGUUCUUGAGUUCUCUUUGUAGUGGGAAUUAUCUAAUGAGGAGUGAGAAGAUUCCGGUGAAAAUCCGGGUGACUGAUUGAGUAUUAGCAGCCAAUUUGCAGAUGAAUGCUCAAGAUGUGGAGGUCUCACCAUCCUGGUGAAAAGAAUAUUUGAUAGGUGGUCUCAAACUCAGAACCCAUGAACUAUAUCUGCCACGCAACUUUCGAGUUC